AUGGAAAACUUCUCCCUCCUCAGCAUUUCUGGACCUCGCAUCUCUUCCUCAGCUAUGAGCACCUUUCCCGACAUCCUCUCCUCCCGUGCCAUGAGUUUACCAGACAUUGCCAAGACGGUGACACCUGCUGAGGCAUCCAGCUCUGUCCAGGCCCUGCCGCCCCAGCGCCAGAGCAGCAUUCUCCGGCAUGGGCUGCCGAGCACAGUGCUUUCGCCAGACUGCACAGUGGGGGACUCCCAGAAUGGAGAACAGCUGAGACGGAGCUGCACCAUCUACCGGCCCUGGUUCUCCCCUUACAGCUACUUCGUCUGCACGGACAAGGAGAGCCAUCUGGAGGCUUACAGCUUCCCAGAGGUGCAGCGGGACGAGGGCAGGGGGGACAGUUGCCUUCCGGAGGACAUAGCGGAGAGUGUUUGCUCGUCUUCCUCCUCCCCCGAGAACACCUGCUCCCGAGAGGCCACCAGGAAAUCCAGGCACAGCCUGGACUCCAUAGACUAUAUCACAUCCCAGGACAUCCUCAUGGCUUCCAAGUGGCACCCGGCCCAGCAGCACGGCUACAAGUGUGCGGCCUGCUGCCGCAUGUACCCCACCCUGCACUCACUCAAGAGCCACAUCAAAAGGGGCUUCAAGGAAGGCUUCAGCUGCAAGGUGUACUACAGAAAGCUCAAAACCCUCUGGGGCAAGGAGCAAAAGGCCCGGCCAGGGGACAGGCUCUCCUCGGGCAGCUGCCAAGCCUUCAAGUAGUCUUUCUGGGUGGUGGCAGCCAUUUUGUUAGUGGACAC